UUCACCUUGCAUGGUCAAGAUUAUAAUAACUUGACAUUGGUUUCGGCCACAACGUGUCAAUAGCUUCAUCUACUCCAAACUGUUAAGUCGUUAGUAAACAACUCGCGAAAUGAGAUUUGUUCACGUGAUUGAUAUGGUGAUAUUUUUGCUGCUAUCAAUGGAUAUAACUUGUUUUCUAGUCAAAUUUAAUUUGGACGACGAGACACACAAUCGUAAGUCGGAUAUUUAUCUUAAUUCCAUUCAAUUGAUUGAGAGAUAUAAUUAUCCAGUUGAGAGUCACGUCGUGCUGACGGAGGAUGGUUAUCUCCUAAAUACCUUUCGAAUACCGCGAAACGGACCCCCGGUUUUAUUGGUUCAUGGUAUUGGUGAUAGUUCAGAUUCCUGGUUGGUGCUGGGCCCAACCAGCUCAUUGUCUUUUAUGCUAGCGGAUGCUGGAUUUGAUGUCUGGAUUUACAAUGCAAGAGGAAAUAGAUAUUCCAAGAAGCACGUUAACGCAGUGCCGCCUCAGGAGUUUUGGGACUUCAGUUUUGAAGAAAUGGGCACUCUAGAUAUGCCAGCUACAAUAGAUUAUAUUCUGGAACGAACUAAUAUGAAGAGAUUGACUUACAUUGGUUAUUCACAAGGAACAACAGCUUUUUUCAUAAUGUGUAGCACAAAACUAGAAUAUAAUGACAAAAUUAAUCAUGCUAUCCUACUUGCCCCCGUUGCUUGGUUAACGCAUACGAAGUAUCCUUUUAUAGGAUUUUUUAACCAAAUUUUGAGUGACCUUAUGGAGUUUUCUGAAAAAAGUCACGUCUACGAAGUGUUUUCAUUUAAUAAAAGAAAUAAUUAUUAUCACGCUAAAGUGUGCAACACUACGGCGUCCUAUAGUUUCUUAUGUCACAUUGAAUUAUAUUUGAAUUUUGGCGUGAGGAAUUUAUUAGAUUUAUCACCGGAACGAUUACCUGUUAUUACUAGUCAUAUACCAGCUGGAGUUUCUGCAAAAACUUUUUUUCAUUUCCUUCAACUUUAUGGCAGCAAAAGAUUUCAAAGAUUCGAUUAUGGUAUGAAUAAAAAUAGACAAAUUUAUUCAUCUUUAAUCCCACCAGAAUUUAAUGUUUCGUCAAUUACAGUUCCUAGCUCAAUAUUUGUUAGUGAAAUAGACUGGUUUAGUGAUGAAAAAGACACGAAUUUACUGAAAAAUAAAUUGAAAUAUAUCGAAAGAUUUAACGUUAUAAAUGAGAGUAAUCAAUUUACACAUCUUGAAUUCGUAUACGGUACGAGGGUUAAAGAAUUCAUUAAUAAGCCAGUAAUCAACAUAUUAAAAGAACUAAAAAUUUUGGACACUAUUGAUAUUAGGUAAUUAAUUGUGAUUAUUGUUAUUAAAUCUGUGAUUGUUAUUAGUGUUCUGAGAAUAAAUUUGUAAUAAGUGAAACCAAAGAUAUCAUAAUUGUGAAUUCGCAGUAAGUAUUAAAAUCAAAUUAUCGCAUGAAACCUUUAUCAUAUUUCUUAAUUUUCUACCUCUUACGAAUACCAGUUGUAUUAUUUUUAAAGCUAAACUCUAUAGCAAUAAUGUAUACGAAGUUUCUAAGUAUAGCGAUAAUAAUAACAUAACUUUAAAUAGGCCGUUUAUUGCGUGACUUUAUUGACCAUGGUAGUAAAAAAUUGUGUUUCAAAUAAUAGAAAAGAUACAUCAAUUGUUUUUGUCAUUUUAUUGCUUGUGAAGGUCGUGGUUUGAUAACUUGUUAAAACUUUUUGUGACAUGAAAUCUUUUGUUUAAUACAGUACAUAUUUACAUACAAUAUUUUAUACAUUAUAACGUUCGAUUUAAUAAAUAAUAGUUAAAAAAAACUAAAAAACAC